AUGUUAGCGGAAUACUUUCUUCUGCCGUUGUUGGCAUCAUACGCCUCCGCCGUGCAGAUCUCGGUGGCUAAGUCUGGAGGUAAUGUCACUACCGGCUUGCAAUAUGGUGCAAUGGAAGAGGAAAUCAAUCACUGUGGUGAAGGUGGUCUUUAUGCCGAGUUGAUCCGCAAUCGAGCCUUCCAGGGAAGCACCACCUACCCUUCCAACCUGGAUGCGUGGUCUGCCGUGGGCGGUUCGAGCUUGUCGCUCCAUAACCUCACCAGCCCUCUUUCCUCCGCUCUCCCAACCUCCGUUCGGGUUACGGGCAAGGGCACUUCCGGUCUGUCGAACUCUGGCUUCUGGGGUAUUGACGUUCGGCCUCAGAAGUAUUCUGGAUCCUUCUACGUGAAGGGCUCUUACAAGGGCUCCUUCACUGCCUCUCUCCAGUCAAGCAGCGGUCAAGUCUUUGCUUCGGCCCAGGUUGCUUCGAAGAGUGUGGCAAACGACUGGGUGCAGCAUGAAUUCACCCUGACCCCGAAGAAGACCGCUUCUAGCUCCAACAACACUUUUGUGCUGACCUUCGAUGCUUCCAAAGCCACUGGCGGCUUGCUUGACUUCAACUUGAUUAGUCUGUUCCCACCCACCUGGAACGAUCGUCCCAAUGGCAUGCGGCGUGAUCUCAUGCAAGCCCUGCAAGACCUGGGUCCCAAAUUCCUUCGUUUCCCUGGCGGAAACAACCUCGAGGGACAGACCAUCGAGGGUCGCUGGAAGUGGAACGAGACUAUUGGACCAUUGACGCAACGUCCUGGCCGUGCUACCACCUGGGGCUAUGAGGAGACCAGUGGUAUGGGUUUGGUUGAGUACAUGGAGUGGUGUGAUGACCUUGCCAUGGAGCCCAUCCUUGCCGUGUGGGCUGGUCUUGCUUUGAACGGUGAUGUUGUCCCCGAGGCCGAUCUUGACAUCUACGUCCAGGACGCGCUCGACGAGCUCGAAUUUCUGACCGGUUCUGUCGACACCACGUAUGGUGCUCUGCGGGCCAAGUAUGGACAUCCCGAGCCAUGGACUAUUCGUUACGUUGAGGUUGGCAACGAGGAUAACCUCAACAGCGGCCUUAGCUCGUACACGUCCUACCGCUUCCAGGCAUUCUAUGAUGCGAUCACCAAGAAGUAUCCCAGCAUUCAGGUCCUGGCUUCCACCAUCGACAUGACCCUUCCCGGCAAUGCGGGUGGUGAUUACCAUCUGUACGAUAUUCCAGACAACUUCAUCACCAAGUUCGGCAUGUUCGACAGCUACAGCGACGCGCACCCACUUCUGCUUGGAGAGAUUGCUGCCACCGAGUACAACAACGGUGUGGGCAUUGACUGGAGCGACACCCAUUUCUCCUUGUACCCCUGGUGGCUGGGCUCAGUCGCCGAGGCAGUCUUCCUCUUGGGAGCCGAGCGUAACGCAGACAAGAUCAUUGGAACGACCUACGCUCCAUUCUUGAUGAACCUCGACAGCUACGAGUGGUCUCCCACUAUGAUCUCCUUCAACUCCGACCCCGAUCAGACCGCCAAGUCGACCAGCUGGCACGUUUACAACCUCUUCAACAAAAACCACAUGACCAACACUCUGCCCGCAACCUCCAACAGUAGCUUCGGUCCCCUGUACUACGCCACCGGCCUCAACAACAAGACCAACUCCCACAUCUUCAAGGCCGCCGUGUACAACAGCACCGCUGAUGUCCCUGUGUCGUUGACAUUCGAGGGUAUUGGACGCGGCACGACCGCCGAUCUCACUAUUCUGACUGCCCCCAGUGACGUCUCUAUGAAUGAAGUUGGUGGUUCCAACGUCGUGCAGAGCAAGGUUACUAAGAUCAAGGCUGGCAAGCAGGGCGUUUUCAGCUUCAGUCUGCCAAGCCUGAGUGUUGCUGUGCUCACGACUAACUAGACGGAAUGAUAAUGAGUUUAUGGAGAGAUAGGUAGAAAUACAGAUAGUGUAUGGUGAUCUGCAUCAAAAUAUGCCUUCUGAAAUGGUUUAGAACUGUCAGG